GUUGAGUUUGAUUUGAUUAAAGGUCCAAAGGGAUUUCAAGCUGCAAAUGUUAGUGGUCCGAAUGGAAUUUCUGUCAAAGGUGAUCCGAACGCUCCUGGUCGACGUCCUAUUUAUACUACAAAUAAUUACAUUGGACUAAACCCUACUUACGGGAUACUUGAUCGAUCCCUUAAAUUUCCAACCGGGAACGAUCUGACUGCAAGUAAUGCUGCAUUACAAUAUCUUCUUUUACAAACUUCUUAUACUAUGGCCUUAGGAGGUUAUGGUGCUACUAUGGGUAUCAAUCAACCUUAUCAUGCCCUGCAGUCAAACUACGCAACGCCGCUUUAUCAACAGGGUACUCAUUUCUCGUCUCAUCAGCCUCCAUAUGCUUCACAGUUUGCGAAUUACGGUUCUACUUAUCCAAACAUUAACGCACAUUCGAAUAGUGGCUCCGGUGCUACCUCACAAUCUGUUCCAUUUAAUCCUCAACAUACUUCUUUUACACCUAUUAUCCCACAAUAUCCUGUUACAAAUGGUGGUGCCGCUCGUUUUGGUUCUAGUAUCACUUCUGCUGAAAAUCAAAAUAGUGGUGGGUCAUUAAAAUCAAGCGAAAG